UAGGAAUUGUACAAUCGCACGCCGGAAGAUACAUGUCUCCCUUCCCUUUAAGACUUCCUUCUCUGUUCGUGUUGUGUCGGGUAGUGCUCGGUAAAUACAAUUUACAGAGAUGCCACCAAAAAGAGGAAAGGUACAAAAGGAAGAAGUCCAAGUCUCUCUUGGACCUCAACUUCGCGAAGGAGAAGUUGUCUUCGGUGUUGCACAUAUUUUUGCAAGUUUCAACGACACCUUCGUCCACGUAACCGAUCUUUCGGGCAGAGAAACUAUUGCCAGAGUUACCGGUGGAAUGAAAGUUAAAGCAGAUCGUGAUGAAGCUUCUCCGUAUGCUGCUAUGCUUGCUGCUCAGGAUGUAGCAGAGAAAUGCAAAUCCCUUGGAAUUACGGCACUCCAUAUUAAACUAAGAGCUACUGGAGGAAAUAAGACAAAGACACCUGGUCCUGGUGCACAAUCGGCUUUACGCGCUCUUGCUCGUUCUAGUAUGAAAAUUGGCCGUAUCGAGGAUGUUACCCCUAUACCAUCCGAUUCAACGCGCAGAAAGGGUGGUCGUCGUGGACGCAGGCUGUAAAUUAUGGGUCUAUACGUGGUUUAUUAUCUUUCAAAAAUAAAUAUUUAAAAAUAUA